AUGGUGCACGCUCCUGUGCCCCUUUUCCUCGCCUAUGGCGAUCGCCAUGUGGAGGUGUUGAGUACCGCCGGCUAUGAUGGAAUCCGCCGCCAGGCUGAGGAAGUUCUUUCCCUUCAUCCUGAAGCAUAUGACCUGUGCGAUGCACAUGGCAAGGUUGAGGAAGAGACUUUCGAGCGCGCAGUGGCAUGCGCCAAGGGCUUUUGCGUCUUGCAACUUCGCGAAAAGCCGGAGUGGAAGAAGAUCAGAGAGCUCGAGACACGGCUCAACAAGCUGGAGCAGGUGCCUGCGAAGCCUGAGAUGGAGGAGGCUGAGACUCGAACAUGGCUCCGCAUAGAGACCAUGGAGAAGAUGAUACAGGACCUGGCGAAGAAGACUCAGGCCGAUGCUUUGGAUGCCAGAGUGGAAGCUCUUGAGAAGGAGAUGACGGAGCAAAGCAUUACAAACUCCGCGUUGAAUGGGCACAUGGAAUGCGGCAUUGCCACGGCACAGAGAGAGCUGAAAUCCUUGAGGCAGCACAUGUCUGACCAAUUGAAGAGUCUCGAUGAACGGCUGCUAGAAGCAACUCAUCAGGGAUGUGGUCCGCUUAGCCCGCUUAGCCCGCUAGUUGAGAAGCUGGAGCGGGUGGAGACUGAGCUGGCAGAGCAGAGCAUCACAAGCUCCGCAGUCAACGGUCACCUUGAGCAUGGCCUGGCCACUGCUCAGAAAGAGCUCCAGGGCUUGAGGGAGUUUACUUCAGACCAGCUUGGAAGCCUUGAUGGAAGGCUGUUGAGCGUGUCUGAGUCACUCCAAAGACUUGAGGCUACGUUGGAUGAGCAAGCUGUGACCAACUCAGCCUUAAAUGGCCACUUGGAGUGCGGUGUAGCCACAUCCAGGAAGGAGCUGGAGUCUUUGCGAGUUUAUGCUGCAGACCAGUUGAAGUUCCUGAACGAGCGCUUGGACGAGGUUCAAGCCUCUGGCAAGAUACCAGCUGAGAUUGGAACCCAAUGGUCAGACGGCUUCACCACACACAUUCUGAAGACGAAGUCGAAUCAGUCAAGCCUGAAAUCCUUGCAGUUGGGUGCCCCGCUGGCCAGAGUCAAUCCAGUCGACCGCCUUCUUCAUCUUCAUGCAUCGAAGUCUGUGCCGUCAUUGCCAGCGAUUCGCUGA